GUUGUUGGGGCAUCCCAUUUUCAGCAUCCUGCACUCCCUUCGAUGUUUGGCGUCUCGCAUGGACGGUGGCGACCUGCUGGUGGUGCAACCCCGGCAUCAGGCCCGGGAACACCUGCAAGAGGCACUGAGGCUGGCAGAAACAUUUUCUGGUGAGGACUGCCCCCACAUGGAGAUUGGCAAAUCGUCUGGUUUUCGUCCAUAUCCAUCAACAUUUCUUGGGCCUGGAGCCGUUGAAUCGAUUUAUGGGCGCUGUCAGGAGCUCGGCUGUGACCGUGUGUUUGUGAAUGCUCCACUUUCUGGUGUGCAGCUGAGAAACCUGGAAAGGGCUGUCAAAUGCGAUGUUAUUGAUCGCAUCGGGUUGAUCAUCGGCAUUUUUGCACAACGGGCACAGACAAAGGAAGCAAAACUGCAGGUCGAACUUGCAAAGCUGGAAUAUGAAUCCAGUCGCUUGGUGCGUGUAAUGGAUGCAUCGGGGAUGAGAGGAGCAUUUGGGGAGGGCCGGGAAGUGGUCAGUGCAAGGGAUCGGGGAUCAAGUGGCAGCUCAGGACUGGGUGGUGGUGGACCCGGUGAGAGAGAGCUGGCACUACAAAAGUCUCGCAUUGGCAGGAGAAAAAGGAUGUUAAAGAAGAGGAUAGAGGACGUCAGAAAGACACGGGCUUUGCAGAGAAAGGGUCGCAAAAGAAACAAUGCUCCCACAGUGGCUGUGGUAGGCUACACAAAUGCCGGGAAGACCACGUUGGUGUCAAAAUUGACGAACAAGCACCUGCGCAGUGACGACAUGUUGUUUGCCACGUUGGACCCUGCAGUGAAGCGGCUCGACUUACCAUCUGGAAAGUUUGCACUCCUUGUAGACACUGUGGGCUUCAUAUCAGACCUCCCUGUGCAGCUGGUGGAUGCAUUCCAGGCGACCCUUGAAGAAGUUCAGGAGGCGAGCAUCAUCCUUCAUGUUUUAGACGCUUCAAUUCCCGAUGUCCUCGAGCAAAGAGAGUCUGUCAUCCAGAUUCUUAGGGAGCUGGGUUUGAAGGACGAGGAUUUGAGUGAAAGGGUGAUCGAAGUGUGGAAUAAGGCCGACAAUAUGCCGGACAUCCCCGACUUGUGGACACCAGGAAGUUACCAAAGCCCGAAGAAUGAGUUUAUGGGCGAAGGGCUGAUGUCGCAGUUCGGUCGGCGACCAGGUCGGGGCUGCUCUGCCCGGGUGAUGGUGUCUGCGCUGAAUGGAUUUGGGCUGGAUGCACUACUUCAUGAGGUUGAGCAGAAGGUCGUUGCUGUAACGGGGUCCAGACCGUGGGCCCCAUCGUGA